AUGCCGAGACAUUCGACUACAGUAGCUAUCCACCUUCUUAGCAGGUUGAUGGAGCAGUAUUGGGAGAGGAAGAGGGAUUUACAUAUGGUGUUCAUCGACUUAGAGAAGGCUUACGAUAAAAUACCAAGGGAGGUUUUUUGGAAAUAUUUGGAGGCUAGAGGUGUUCCUGAUGCAUAUAUUAGGGAUAUUAAGGACAUAUGUGAUGGAGCUAAGACUCGAGUGAAGACAGUGGGAGGGGACUCAGAACACUUCCCAGUUAUGAUAGGGUUUCACCAGGGGUCAGCCCUCAACCAAUUUCUAUUUGCCUUGGCGAUCGACACUUUGACGCGCCACAUUCAAGGAGAGGUGCCGUGGUGCAUGCUAUUUGCAGAUGACAUUGUACUGAUUGAGGAGACUGGUGCGACUCAGGUAGUGGAUGAAGAUGUGAGGCUUGAUUCUCAAGUCAUCCCUAGAAGAGAAAGUUUUAAAUACCUUGGGUCAGUUAUUCAAGGGAAUGGGGAGAUCGACGAGGAUGUUACACAUCGUAUUGAGGCGGGGGUGGAUGAAAUGGAGGCUCGUUUCUAG